CCGAGGCGCAGGGACCCUGGAAGGUUUCUCGCUCGUUUUUUUUUUUUAAUAUUCUCCCUCACUGUCGACAAGUUUUAAAUUUCACACCAAGAGUGUCCAGUGAAAGUCCGGCUUCUGGUUUAAUACCAGCCGAUGCGUUCAGCAGUUUCCGGAUAAUUUGUUGUUUUCUGACUUUUGACAGAGGUCGUUCACUGAGCGCAACAACUGUUCCAGAGCACAGUUUGGAUUAUUCGUGUGUUGGUCAGGGCAGCUUUACUUCGUCUGAGACAGACUUCAUCUAAAAGUUUGGACUGCUGUCACCGCACACUUCUCCGUGUCUCCUAGGUAUGCCUGUGGACAUCAGUGUGUCCCCGGACAGGUAACCAGGUGUGUUGCUGCCGUCAUGGCCUUGCCAAACCUGCGGCUGUUUCCUGUCACUGUGAUCACAGUCCUGUUGGCGCUGGUGUCGUCUUCAGGAGACCAUGAGUGGCACUUUAACCCAGCUCAGUGUCGUUACGCCCUGGGGAUGGAGGAUGGCACCAUCCCAGACUCUGACAUCACUGCCUCCAGCGCCUGGUCAGAUUCCACUGAGGCCAAACAUGGAAGGUUGAGUACUGGAGAGGGGGAUGGAGCGUGGUGCCCUGCAGGAGCUGUUUUCCCCAGUGGAGCAGAAUACCUUCAGAUAGAUCUGCGCAAACUCCACUUCCUGGCUCUGGUUGGUACCCAGGGUCGUCAUGCCGACGGGCACGGGCAGGAGUUUGCCCGCAGUUAUCGGCUCCGCUAUUCCAGAAACGGAGUGAAAUGGAUUACCUGGAAGGACCGCUGGGGCCAGGAAGUGGUGUCAGGGAAUGAGAAUACCUAUGAUGUUGUGCUGAAAGAUCUCGGCCCUCCCAUCGUGGCCCGCAUGGUGCGCUUCUACCCUCUGGCCGACCGGGUUAUGAGUGUUUGCCUUCGGGUGGAGCUCUAUGGCUGUGUGUGGAACGAUGGGUUGAAGGCUUACACAGCUCCAGUGGGUCACGUCAUGCACCUGUCUGGCAUGCCUGUUUAUCUGAACGACUCCACCUACGAUGGGGGCACUGAGCAAGGGAUGCAGUUUGGAGGUUUGGGUCAGCUGUGUGACGGCGUCCUGGGAGGAGACGACUUCAUACAAACCAAAGAGCUAAGGGUUUGGCCUGGGUAUGACUACCUGGGCUGGAGCCGCGAAGCCCUUGGGCAAGGCAGCGUGGAUAUUGAGUUCGACUUUGAGAAACCACGUGUCUUCCACAACAUGCAGGUGCACAGUAACAACCGCCACACUCAGGGCGUCCGAGUCUUCAGCAAGGUAGAGUGUCUUUUUAAGCCUGGCAUCCUCCAGCAGUGGUCCCCCGAGCUCACUCUGCCCGUGCCCCUUGAGGAUCUUAAAGACCCCUCCUCUCGACCCAUCUCCCUCCCACUGGGUGGCCGGCUGGCUCAGAUCCUCCGCUGCAAAUUCCACUUUGCUGACCGCUGGCUGCUCAUCAGCGAGAUAUCUUUCCUCUCUGAGCCGUUUGAGGAGGACGUCACAGACACUGAUUCAUUUCCUCCUAAUCUUCCCAAGAUUCCCACCACCAGCUCCUCUCCUCCUCUCGUCAACCACACCUCCUCCUCUCCCACGUCGAGCCACAGCUCCUCCAACACCACCACCACCACCAGCCCAUCUGAACCCCCCACCACCACCUCCUUCAUGACGGACACCACUGGUAACUGGACACUGUCAGAUGCAGAAUUUGGUGCCAACACUCCAAGGGCGGGGCUUCCUGUAGCCAAGGAUGACAGCAGUAAUACAGCUAUUCUGAUUGGCUGCCUGGUGGGCAUCAUCCUGCUGCUGCUGGCUGUGAUAGCUGUCAUUCUGUGGAGGCAGUACUGGAAAAAGAUACUGGGCAAGGCCCAGGGUAGUCUAUCCAGUGAUGAGCUGCGGGUUCACCUGUCUGUCCCCUCGGACAACGUGGUCAUCAACAACACACACAGCUACUCAAGCCGCUACCAGCGCAUCCACACUUUCCCCGAUGACCGUGACCAUGACAGAGAGGGAGAAGGAGAGUACCAAGAGCCCAUCGCUCUGCUGCGGCCUAGGGAUCACAGAGACAGCACAGAUCACAGGAAAAGUUCGAGACCUCUUGUCGUCUCCAGCCCCACUCAGGCUCAGGAAAAGAGCCUCAAUGUGCCCCAGGCCUGUGGUUUGGACAUGGACAUGGAGAAGGGUUUCCCCCCAACUCAGGAGGAGCCUCCUCCCUACCCUGGCUCCCCUCCGUACCCCUCCCUGUCUCCUCCUGUGUCCCCCCCACUGCCUCCCAGCGUUCCUCAUUACGCUGAAGCAGACAUCGUGAGCCUACAGGGAGUCAGCGGUAACAACACCUACGCUGUACCUGCCUUGGCCUCCUCAAGCCCCGGGGCUGACGCCGCCCCGCUGCCAGAGCUGCCACGCCAGUGUCUCAUCUUCAAGGAGAAGCUGGGAGAAGGACAGUUUGGAGAGGUACACCUGUGUGAAAUUGAAAACCCUCAGGACCUUCCCAACUUGGAGUUCCCCUUCAAUGUGAGAAAAGGUCGCCCUCUUCUGGUAGCAGUGAAGAUCCUGCGCCCAGACGCCUCCAAGAAUGCCAGGAACGACUUCCUGAAAGAGGUGAAGAUCCUGUCUCGCCUGAAGGAUCCAAACAUAAUCCGUCUGCUAGGAGUGUGUGUGAGCAGUGAUCCUCUCUGUAUGGUCACUGAGUACAUGGAAUGUGGAGACUUGAAUCAGUAUCUGUCUCACCGAGUGCUUCUGGAUAAGACAGGACCUUCACACAACACCCAGACCAUCAGUUACCCUGCUCUCAUCUCCAUGGCCAGCCAGAUUGCAUCGGGAAUGAAGUUCCUCUCCUCCCUCAACUUUGUGCACCGGGACCUGGCCACACGUAACUGUCUGGUUGGGGGUGAGAGGGGUGAGUGCGGAGAGGACCGGGGCGGCGAGCGUCACAUCAAGAUAGCUGACUUUGGCAUGAGCAGGAACUUGUAUGCUGGAGAUUACUACAGGAUCCAGGGCAGAGCUGUGCUGCCAAUACGCUGGAUGGCCUGGGAGUGUAUACUCAUGGGUAAGUUCACUACGGCCAGCGAUGUGUGGGCGUUUGGGGUCACUCUGUGGGAGAUGCUGAGCGUUUGUCAGGAGCAGCCGUACUCCAACCUCACAGAUGAGCAAGUCAUUGACAAUGCUGGGGAGUUCUUCAGAGACCAGGGCAGACAGGUGUAUUUGAGCAGGCCAGCUGUGUGUCCUCAGGGUCUCUACGAGCUUAUGUUGAGCUGCUGGAACAGAGACUGCAAGCUCCGCCCGUCCUUUGCCGACAUCCACUCCUUUCUUACUGAGGAUGCCAUGAACAUGGUGUAAAGAGAGAAACAGCACCACGACAAAGGCAGCGUUAAAGAGGGGAAACGUCUUGUACGUUUAUGCAGCAAUGCUAUGGUGGGAAUGUGUGGUGGAGGUGCUGCACAGGAGAGGCAGAUGAGAAAAGAGAGUGGGUUGCUCGCUUUGAUAUUUGUACUUUUUUGGGUGGCUGGGGCUGAGACACCGCUGGUUCGGUUUAUUUCCACAUCAGACCCCCGAUCCCAAAUCCAACUCCAGCUUUAGACAUCUAACAGUCUGAGCUACAUUUCACAGGUGGUGGGUGCAGUCUGCAUAGGAACUUUCUCUCUUCUCAGUUACUUUAACAGACAAGGAGGGUUUGUGUGACUGGUGAUUAAGUGCCGUGGAGUUAAUGACAUAGGAAGCUGCAGAGGCUUAAUGGCAGAAAAUACUCCAAACUAGGAAGCUGGCAAAUGAACGGUUAUUAAGUUUCAUUACUUUUAUUUACCCAUGUUGAAUGCUACAUUUAGGGUUACAGGUGAUGGUGCAUAGGACACACAAACUUCUCUAGACAGCACACCUAUGGGUCAGACAUGAAAGUGUACACACAGGGAUUGUCUUAGUAUUUAUAUCAAUCAAUCAAUCAAUCAAUCAGUCAAUUUUAUUUAUAAAGCCCAAUAUCACAAAUCACAAUUUGCCUCACAGGGCUUUACAGCAUAUAACAUCCCUCUGUCCUUUGGAUCCUCACAGCGGAUAAGGAAAAAAAGUAUGUAUGUAUAGGCUACUGUACACGUUAGUCUAAUGCAGUAUGAUUACUCCACACUUCAGCCCCUUUUGCCCAUCUAAGACAAAAAAUGAUAGUUCUGUAAAAGUCUAUGAAAAGAUUCAGACAUGGCUGAUGGCUGUCUAGAACAUGAGUGAUCUCACCAUGUUUGCCGACCCCUCAGCAGUCCUCUGUCUCAACCCCAAAACCGUACACGGUGACCCACGCCCAUAGCUGUAACUCAAAGGACUAAUGGUAAAUGAUGUGGACCAGACAAGAGCAGCCCCCUUUAUGCAAUGCAUCAAGUUAGCUCUCAACCACCGCCCACCCCAUUGUAGCUGAAAAGCCCAAGCAGUUUCUGAACCCCAUCGUAGAGCCACAGAGAGAGGAGCUGUGUCCCUGGUGCCAAAUGGACUUCUCAAACCUGAGGAAACAGGCACAGAAGAGGAGGAUCUGCUGCUGCCGGUGAUAGGCGACCCACAAACUGGAACAGCUUUUCCAAGCAGAGAGACAAUGCUGCCAGCCGGGGCAGUGGAUGGGACAUCUUCAGAUGCGCCUGCUCAGGUGUUUUGGCAAUUUCUUUUGUAUCUGGCUGCAACCCAGACACAAAGGAUAGAUGUAAAAUUCCACAACCAGCUGCACUUUAAAUCCUCCAUAGCAUAUCCCCGGCCCUGAUGAAACUCUUCAGGGGGCCUGAUAUGAUUCCUGUUGAUGUGGAUUCUUAUCACUUGCAGUGAUAUCAGUUAUUUGCCAAGGGAGAUAAAAAUUCAGGACAGUCUGUCUGCCUUGUUAAAUCCUCCCCCACAAGGCAUUGCCAACCAUGAGAUGUAAAAUAUUAUCUAAAAAAAUGGGAUGGCACCAUCAGUUCAUCUCAUUUUAAUUAUAUAACAACCUUUUGUUCGGUGUGUCAAGACAUGUUUACUCAUCGAAUAAUCAAUCUUUGCUCAUCUAAUUGCAUUACUGUACUCUAAAAACACACAGUUAAAGGGUAAUUGAGUUUUUUCCAACCUGGAGCCUAUUAUAUCAUGUUUUUGUGUCUGAGUGACUAAUGGGAACAACAAUUUUGAAACUGGUUCUGUAUUAAGUGACCACUAAGGGCAUUUGUGCACCAUCUAUUUAGGUCGACUAAAGUGUUUGUUUUUUCAAUUGACAGGCGGCGAAAGGAUCCCUACAAAGGACAUUGUUUUUGUUAAAGAGUUAAAUCAUUUUUGUUUAACCAGAAACAGCCUCGAAAACACUAUCACCAAACCCACCAGACUCCAUUUAAAUAAACAGUAAUUCUGUCAUUUUAAAAUACACUUUAUUCAUAGUCAUGGUUAGGUUGAAAUAAACCCUUGAUUCACCUAGUUAAAUGUGAAAAUAUGCUGACUCUAUGCAUGGUAAAAUUAAGCCAUGUCCACUGAGCAGUACAGUUUAGUUCGGUACGUUUUUUUUCCGUUUCUAUUGUGAAAAGUUGUGGAUGGUACCAAUGGAACUGUUCCGUACCGUCCCCAUUUUUGGUCCCCCUUCUGUUGGGGUACCUAGCACACAGAUCUGGUCCUAAAAGGUGGAGCUGUGAACACUGCAGUGGGUUAAUUGGUCAAAAGCAGACGGUCACUCUGCUCAGCACUGAGUUGUGGCUGGUUUUGAGGCUCAUGUAACCACUGUUCAUACAGUAGAGACCAUCAACACACCUUAAAUUUCAAUGUGACAAUAUUGACCAUUACUUUAGUUUUUAUUGUGUCUCUUGGAUGACAUACACUUUCAGUAAUGAGUGGAUCUACAGGCGUUUAAAGAUAUAUACUAAUUUCAACAAGAUUAUGUGAACUGCAUAUAUUCUACCCCGUUGUGUGGACAAUAAACGAGGUACAGACUAAUAAAGGAAGAAAUACUGUGAGUGCUGGACGGAGCAGUGAGUGACAACAGCCCCGCCCACAUUUAAAGGUACUGUUUGCAGUGGAAACGCUAGGGUCUAGGUACCAAGUCUGAAGGGUUACUUUUGGUUACAAAGUACCAUACUGAACAUUUUGGGUGGAAAUGGGGCUUUAGUUUUUAAUUUAAAUGGAGUCUGGUGGCCUUGGCGAUAAUGAUUUUGAGGCUGAUUCUGAUUAAACAAAAAGGAUCCUUCUCUUUAGCAAAAAAAGGUCCAUCUCCUUUGGGAUCAUUUCUAUAAUGUUGUCAGACACUUAAAAUAAUAAUCAGAGCCUGUCUGUGCCAAAAACAAACACUUUUAGUGGACAUUCACUGACAGUGCACAAACGUCCUAAGUAGUUAUAAUGCAGUCUGUUUCACUGCUGCAUCUGUCUCACUUACAACUUGACCAAUUUCAAAAAAAUUAUUGUUCCCGUUAGUUACUUAGACACAAAACACAGGAAAAUUGAGUCCAUGUGGAAAGAUACCAAAAUUACCCCUUAAGGUUUUACCCAAAUAGGAAAUUCUGGGAGUCCUCAUUUUAGUGUGAAUGUCAACAUCAACCUCUGCAUUAUCCCAUGUUAGUACAUUAAGCUGACCACGGUAGAAUCAAUGCUGUCUCUACCUUACUGAUUGUAUAGCACUGUAAAUCAGUCCUCAUCAAGAUCAUCAAGUAAUAACAUGUUUACUGAUUGUGAAUGGUUGUGCCAUUUGAAUCAUUUUUGAUACACUGUAGUUCAACUAAACCCAUAUUUUUAUAUAUACUGUAUGUACUUCGACACUUCUCGAUGUAUGAUUUUGUCCUUUUGUGUCUUUGAAGUUGAGCAUAAUAGUAUGUACAUAUUUUAAGGACAGAAUUGUAAUUUCCUUUACUAAUAUAUGGAAAACUCUUUGUUACAAUUGGGGUCUUCUGUAUCUCUGUAGAACGCUUGCUUCCUUGAUGCCAUUGUAAUUCAUCGUUGUCUAUUUUUGUAGAUGUUUUAAUAAAGUUAACCUUUUCAAAUAAA